AUUGUGGUACUGCACAUAUUUAUUUAUUUGCUGGUGUGUAGGUGUAUGUGUGUGUGUGUGUGUGUGUAUGUGUGUGUGUAUAUGUGUGUGUGCGUGUGUGUGUGUAUAUGUGUGUGUGUGUGUGUGUGUAUAUGUGUGUGUGUCUGUGUGUGUGUGUGUAUGUGUGUGUGUAUGCGUGUGUAUAUGUGUGUGUGUGUGUGUGUGUGUGUGUGUGUGUGUCCAGAUGGCGGCGCUACUGAGCUGCUGUUUAAACUGCACGCUGUUCAUGUUGACUCUGCGCUAAACUUCUGAAACGGAGUUUAAAAUAAACCGAGUGAAAGAUGAUAUGCGCAUGCGCAGUCUGUAACUCUGCAAGAGCUGGAGUUUAUACAGCACAAAUAACAACGGUGUUACACGCAGCAGAACAAUGUAGCGUGUGUAUGUAUGUGUGUGUGUGUAUGUGUGUGUGUGUGUGUGUGCCUAUUUUGGGUCGGACCCGCCUUCCAGUUCUAUUUUAGUCUGUAACAGGAGGCGGGACUUACUCGCCCUCUCUCUGCCUGUCUGUCUCUCUCACUGUGGAAGUGUGUGUGUGUGUGUUUGAGAGAGAGAGAGAGAGAGAGUGUAUGUGUGUGUGUGAGUGUGAGGAUGUUGCCAUGAGCGGAUUUUAAAAAGACACCGAGGAUCAAAACUUUCUCUUAAAGAAGCAGAGAAGAACAUCGCUCUGUGUAAAAUGGGUUUUCUUCUUCAUGUCCUGCUGUAGAACCCAAACUCAGCACGAAGUGCGUGUGUGUUGAGUUCUGAUGGAUUUGCGUGUUGGUGAGCGUGUGAUGCGCCCGGGUUCAGACACACUGCUGUCACCGCUGCUGCUCAGUCCAUUUAACCCUCAACACUGUGCCCAGUACAACCAACACGUCCGGUUGAACAUGCAGCAGCAUCUGCAAGAUCAGGAACAGACAAAACAGCAGCUACAGAUGAUACGGCACAAAGACAAGCGUCAGCAGAGUGCCGUGGCCAGUUCAGUGGUGAAGAAGAAGUUGGCUGAAGUGAUUCGGAAUAAGCAAAAACAGGCAGCGCUAGAAAGGACGAGCUCAAACCCGCUCACUAACACACCUGUGGCCUACAGAGAGUUGGCGCCAGAUCCCAACGUUCCUCUGCAGCCGCUGUUCUCGUCUCCUCCACAAACACUCAGUGAUGGAGCAGAAGAUCCUCCACUACGGAGAGCAACCUCUGAGCCAAACCUGAAGAUGAAGCUGAAGAAACAUCUACACACUCGGAAGAGUCCACUAACACGCAAGCAAAGCGCCCCACCCACCAUCAAACCUCACAGACCUGACCCACACGACUCGUCUCCCAGCAGCAGUAGUACUCCUGUAUCAGGCUGCAGUUCUCCUAACGACACGCUGCCCAGUGAGAACGGAGUGCUGCCCCCUACUGCCAGCCUAACACAUGAGGCUCAGAGGGUGUUAUUUGCUGAUGGAUCUGUAGCUCAUUUCUCUGUACCGACUCCUUCCAACCUCCCCACCAUCACACUGGGACUUCCAGCUCAUGCCAAGAUGCAGGCGGAGGGGGAACUAGGUUCUCUGAAACUGGGUCGGGUUCCUCUGGUAUCAUCGGGAUCUUCACUUUUGGUUCCUCUGGGUGUUGAGAAGCAGAACCUGGUGCAGCCCGUCAUUAUCCUGGAGCCGUCUGGCCUCGUCCACACUCCAAUGCUCACCGUUCCAGGUCUGGCUCCAGUUCCUUUGCAUGUCGGCGCUGCUCACAAGCCACUGAGCCGCACACGGUCUGAGCCGCUGCCCCCCAGUCCCCACGCCAUACACACACACCUGCUGCAACAGCAACACAACACACAGCUGCUGGAGAGACUGAAACAACAAACACACCUUGGCAAGCUCAUGUCGAAGUCGAGUGAGAAGCCACGUCUCUGUCAGAUCCCCUCUGAGGACAUGGACUCGGAGGACGUGGGGACGUCAUCCAGCAACGCCAGUAAGAGCAGGGCAGAGUCACAGAGGGAGGCGGAGACUCAGGAUGAGCACCUCAGCCUUCAGCAGACCCUCAUUCUCAACCAGUCACGUCUUUGGGAGACGCAGAAACAGCUGCAGCAGCUGCGCAGACACACAGCCCAAAUGGUAUUACCCAUGAUGUUCAGCAGCGGUCACCGGCCACUCUCACGCACACAGUCGUCACCAGCCUCCACCUCACACACACUGCCUGACAAAACACUGCCCAUCACCACGGCAACCGAAUCCAACCUCAGCCAAUCACACUUUACCACAGGUCUGGUAUAUGAUUCUCAGAUGUUAAAGCACCAGUGUACAUGUGGAGAUAACAGCUCUCACCCAGAGCAUGCUGGGAGAAUUCAGAGCAUCUGGUCUCGUCUGCAGGAGCGUGGACUCAGAGCGCAGUGUGAGAGUAUCCGUGGUCGUAAGGCAACUCUGGAGGAGUUACAGUCAGUUCAUACGGAGCGUCAUGUUCUCCUGUACGGCACAAACCCACUGAACCGCCUCAAACUGGACAACCGCAAUCUCACCGGCAUUUUGUCUCAGAGGAUGUUCGUCAUGCUGCCAUGUGGAGGAGUGGGGGUGGACAAUGACACCAUCUGGAAUGAGAUGCACACCUCCACAGCAUCACGCACGGCUGCAGGCAGUGUUACAGAACUCGCUUUCAGAGUGGCCAAGGGAGAACUGAAGAAUGGUUUCGCUGUCGUCAGACCACCAGGCCACCACGCUGACCCAUCAAACCCAAUAACAAGGUUUCAUUGUGUGCGUGUGUGUGUGUGUGUGUGUGUGUGUGUGUGCAGGACGGUGGUGAUUCCCAUCGCUCAGGAUUUCUCCCCAGACUUGGUGCUCGUCUCAGCAGGGUUUGAUGCUGCAGAGGGACAUCCUGCUCCACUGGGAGGAUACAGAGUCACCGCCAAGUGUUUUGGGUUCCUGACCCAGCAGUUGAUGAAGUUAGCAGGAGGGCGUGUGGUUUUGGCCCUGGAGGGGGGUCACGACCUCACAGCCAUCUGUGAUGCGUCAGAGUCCUGUGUUAGUGCGCUGCUGGGGCUGGAGGAUCCUUUACCAGAUGAAGUGCUGAAUCAGAAACCCAACGCUAAUGCGGUGCAGUCACUACAGAAAGUUCUGCACAUACAGAGUGAGUACUGGCCGUGUGUCAGGGAGAUGUUGCUGUCAGUGAGCUUGUCGUAUGCCGGUGCUCAGAAGGGAGACAGUGAGGAAACUGCUGCAGUGAAAGCUCUCGCCUCGCUCUCAGUCGGAGUCCUGAACAAUACCAAGAGAGUCGCUGAUGAACCAAUGGAGGACCAGGACUCAAUGUAAACCCGCUUAUUUUGUUUCGGAAUAACUGUCCAAUCAUGGUGCAGUUCCACGUCACAUGACUGCGAGGGAGCGCAAACUCUCUCGCUGCCUUAUGACCAGCGGUGCCUUCGAUGGGAGGGGCUGUGGUGAUGUCACUUCCUCUUUACCCCUAUGCUACUUCUCCUGUGUGAGUUCAGCGGUGCGGCUAAUCUAACGGCCCCCGCUGGACGCUGUGGAUUCCAGAACUUUCCCUACAUCCACUUCUGUCAGGUGAAGGACGAGUCUUAAUGAGUCUCAGAUUAUUUGAACUUUUUUUUUUUUAAGUUCCGUGUUCCUCCAUCACGUUUCGAGGAACAUUUCUGUUGGAGACGCAGGAUUUAAGGAGAAAACACAAAAAUUCCUCCCUAAAGACAAAAGACUCUUUUUUUUUUUUUUUUUUUUUUACUGUUUAUCAUUGAACUGUUACGGUGUGGACAGAUUUUCCCGUCCCGAUGAUGUCACUUCCAACAUUAACCACUAAAGAAGAUAAAGAAGGAGCUCGUGUUUAUUCCUCGCUCUCAUUUUUUUGCACUGUGCAUUCCAUAAUGUGAACCGUGACAUUUAUCUCCAAACUCUGGGAAAAUUUAUGUACAGUUAUGUUUAUUACGAUGAACACAAGUUCACACACACACACACACACACACACACACACAUACACACACACACAGCGAGUGUACAGCGAGAGCACUGUAAUGACCAAUCACUGAUCAGACAAACAGGAAGUAGCGUCUCGUCCCUCUACACGGUGUUAGGACGUCAUGUUAAAACCACACACGUGUGUUUACACUCCGCACGCCUGCUUUUACAGGAAGUAGAGAAACAGGAAGUGGAAGUGACGUAAUGUGAUAGGAGUCUGUGUCAUUUCCUGUUUCACAUGAAGCCUCACGAACGAUAUUGAUAAUUUCUCACACAGCGUCAGUUCUCUCUGGUUUUUUCUUUUCACUCCAGUGCAGAAACUGAACUGUGGUACUGUGUAUGAAUUUGGCGUAUACCCUUUUACUAUGGACGUUAAAAAAGCUGGACAGGCCACGCCCACAAGGUUACUAUCAGUGCUGGUGACAUCAGAGACUCAUAAGAAUAAGAAUAAUGGUGGUUAGAAAGCAGAGUUGAUGCGAGUGUGAAUAUUGUGGUUGUAAUGCACGUGGUUCCUGUCAGUCCGGCCGACACGUUAAACUGUUAAACGGUAAAUAAGAUCAGCUUUGUUUACACACAGAGCAACAAAAAACGUACAGCUGCGCUCGUUACGUCACAUCAUCUGAAAGAAAUGAGCGAAAAUAAAGACCAUAAUAUAUAAACCCUAUAACCAGAUAUCAGUACACAAACCCGGCUUUAUGAAGCCUCCAGUGAACAGUGAGGUGUGUAAAUGUGCCGAAUCUGCCUUUAAUCACCUUAAUCUGUUGAAAUGUGUGCGGUGUGAAUUAGCGGGAAACUAGCAGUGCUGUAACGUGUCUUUAGCGCUGCGCUGUGAGACGGGUAGUGUUUGAGGGAAAGGAAGUUUUAGAUGAAACAGACCAAAAGAUUUGUGUAUUUUAUUGCGAUGAUAAAAAAAAAAACUGAAACCACUAACUAACAAUCUUAUGGAUUUAAUGUUCUUCACUCCAGGAGGAAUCACACACUUCCUCCAGGGUUUGGUGAACCUGUCCGUUAGGGUGUGUGUGUUUGUGUGUUUAAAUGCGACCUGAUUGAUCAGCUGAUAACAAAAAGCACUUGAAGUCAUGUAAAGAUUCCUGUGAUGUUGGGUUCAGAGUAAAACAUGCACCUCCUCUUCAUGCUCCUCACACGUGUUAUUGCCUCAUAACAAACCACUGUGUUCAGCUGUGUGUGUGUGUGUGUGUGGUGUGACGACUCUGGGUGUGUAUUAGCCCAGGAGAACCUACACGUCAUUUCAGUUUAACACGUGUCUCCGAGUGAGCUUCAUCAUGUUACGUUUUACAUUCUUCAUUUAUUAAAAGUUAUUUUGACUUUGAGGACCAGUCACAGUUUAAUCUGGAGUUUAAUCCGGAGUUUCAGUGUCACAGCUAAACGGCUCGUUUACUAAAGAAACUGUAGGAUUUUUAAUAACCUGUGCUGAGUUUGAGUUGUGAAAGAAGUGAACUUUUACAUUCCUGUGCAGUAGGGGGCGGUGUGUGUGUGUGUGUGUGUGUGUGUGUGUGUGUGUGUGUGUGUGUGUGUGUGUGUUUAUUGGGUUUUACCUCCUGAGGAGUGUGUAAGUGUGUAUUCUCACUUCCUGCUCUGGAUACCACAGGGAGGAAACCGACAGCCGUGUUUUCUGCUUUACGACACGUGUAAGGACUAAAGACGAGCCACUAACGUCUUCAUUCUCUAUAAUUUUUUUCAUAUCUUGUCAUUUUUCAUUCUAAAGCCUUAAUGUAAAUAUCACUGCAAGACCAAAACUCAUUUCCGCGUGCCUUUAUCUAUCACUAACAGAUGAUGAUUUUAUUCAUUUCCUCCUCCUUUUUAAUGCCUGUGUAUAGAAAAGAAUCUCUAUUUUGUAUUUUCUAUCUCUUCCAAAUAAAAUGAAACAUUUUGUUUUACUGA